AUGCCGAUGAAGAUAAACCCUAACCUCGUCCUUUGGGGCGUCCGCAUGGGUUUUAUGUCCUAUGGAUGGGACGCAGGUGUUCUAGGAGGAGUGCUUCUGACGCCGUCCUUUCAGUCUGCCAUGAAGGCACCUGAUGCGACCACAACCGCUAUGAUUGUGGCAUCAUUCCUCCUAGCAUCAUGGCUAGGUUGUGUAAUCGCAGCCUUGCCCUGGAGUGAUCGAUUUGGUCGUCGGAUUUGGGUUAUGGCUGGUGCUGUUGUUCAGAUCAUCGGUACCAUCAUCUCAGCUUCUUCGUUUUCCGUCGGCCAGCUCAUUGCCGGUCGUGUCCUCAUCGGUGUCGGAAAUGGCUUCGUCGUCUCCAUUGGCCCAAUCUACGUCGCCGAAACCACCGGUGUAGUCAAGCAGCGUGGCCCUCUCGUGGGUAUCCUCAUGGGCUUCGCAUGCGUUGGUACCGCCUGUGCCUACUGGAUUGAUUUCGGAUUCACGUACGCCACGGGCCAGGUCGUGUGGCGCCUCCCUGUUGCCUUUCAAAUCAUCUGGUCGCUUCUCUGCAUCAUUUUGUGCUUCCCUAACGCCGAUUCACCGCGCUGGUACUUCCUCCAGAACUUGCCGGACGAGGGCAAGGCUGUGCUCCAGCAGAUAUACAACGACAACGCGCACUCGGAAAAGGUGAUGAAUGAAAUCCAGACGGAGCUCAAACAAGAGGUCAGCGAGAAGUUACGAUUUACCGACUUCUUCUACGAUCAGUCAGAAACAAAGGCUGCGUCGAGGAUCAGGGAUGGUGUUAUCCUUGUGGGUGUCGCAUAUCUCAUGGGCAUCAACAUGAUCUUCUACUAUAUGACGACCAUAUUCCAGGUCUAUAUCGGGUUGGAAGCAACCACGGCUUCCGUGUGCUCUGGUGCAUCAACUACGCUUCUGGCUAUCGGCGCCUUCGUCGGUUCUAUCUUCUGUGAAAAGGGGGGGCGGAGAAAGUGGCUUCUCUGGGGCUCCGCUCUGCAAUCUGUCUUCAUGAUCGCUUUUGUUGCUCUUUUGGCAGUUGGCACCAAGGCAGCGAGCUCCGCUGCUGCGGCGAUGCUUUUCGGUUGGAUCUUGGUCUUCAGUCCCACCUGGGCUCCUCAGCCAUACAUAUACGUCUCCGAGACUAUGCCUCUUCGCCACCGCCACACGGGUGUUGGCCUCGCCAUGUCGGCACAAUGGCUCAUGGCCUUUUUGACUGUUUAUGCCGGUCCAAUCGGCUUCGAAAACGUGGGUUGGAAGAUCUGGGUAUGGUUUGCCGUCUUCAACGUCAUCGGCUUCCCCUACGUCUACUUCUUCCUGCGCGAGAGCCGUGGUCGCAGCCUGGAGCAUAUGAAUGAGCUCUACAAUGAGAAUUUGGCCGUCGGCAGCGACACCGCGAGUCCCAGUGAGGGAGACGGAAGUGUGAAGGCUCAAGAAAGCAUUGUGAAUCAGAAGGUCUAA